CUCCUCGGUCCCUCCUAGAAAUGUCUGGAAAAUUCUCGAGCCUCCUUUAAGCGCUUGUCAGACGCUUUGGCUGCAAGACAACGUGGACUUGAAGCUCAUAUCCUCCCUGGUGUUGGUGCAUAACGAUAGCACGGUCCCAGCACGGUAUUUUUAAUCCGCAGAAGCACUCCCAAAAAAAACAAAAAACAAAAAGUGAAGCCAGCGCAAAGCGUUUAGUUAGCUCGGCAGCUAGCGUUGACCUUAAGUCAGGUUGCGUGGUUUGGGAAGUAGCUUUAGCUUCAGCACUGCUGCUGCGAGCGAGUGUUUUAGUUUGAAUUGUUAGUGCAGGAGGGAGGGAAAAAGCUACUUCAUGACAAUGACUGCAGACGAGCAGACAGGUGAAGGACAACACAGCAUCCCAAUGGAGGGAGAAGACAUUACACCAAAGAAGGAUGGGGGUGUUUUAAAGCUGGUGAAAAGGGAAGGCACAGGUACAGAGCUGCCAAUGAUCGGUGAGAAAGUGUUUGUGCACUAUGUGGGCUCACUUCUGGACGGCACUCAUUUCGACUCGAGCAGAGACAGAGAAGAGAGGUUUUCCUUUGAGCUGGGCAAAGGUCAAGUAAUAAAGGCAUGGGACAUCGGUGUAGCCACAAUGAAAGUGGGGGAGUUGUCCCAGUUUAUCUGCAAGCCAGAGUAUGCCUAUGGAUCUUCAGGCAGCCCACCCAAGAUACCUCCUAGUGCCACUCUUGUUUUUGAGGUGGAACUGUUUGAAUUUCGAGGCGAGGACAUAACUGAAGAUGAGGAUCAAGGAAUCAUUCGUCGCAUUGUCACUAGAGGGCAGGGAUACUCCAAGCCUAAUGAAGGAGCUGCUGUUGAAGUAACUGUGGAGGGCUCAUAUGAGGGCCAUAUAUUCGACGAGCGAGAGCUGAAGUUCGAGAUUGGAGAUGGAGUGAGUCUUGGCCUGCCAGUUGGAGUGGAGAAAGCUAUCAUGGCCAUGGAGCAGGGAGAGGAGGCACUCUUCAAUAUAAAGCCUAAGUAUGGUUAUGGAAAUGCAGGAAAUGCAAAGUAUAACAUUCCUGGUGAAGCAACACUGAACUACAGAAUCAAGCUGGUUGCCUUUGAGAAGGCUAAAGAAUCAUGGGAGAUGAAUACUGUAGAGAAGCUGGAACAGAGCGGCAUUGUCAAAGAGAAAGGAACGCAGUAUUUUAAGGAGGGAAAAUACAAGCAGGCAUCAGUGCAGUACAAAAGGAUUGUGUCAUGGCUGGAACAUGAAUCGGGUUUGUCUGAGGAGGAUGAGAAGAAAGCGAAAGCAUUGCGACUGGCAGCACAUCUAAACUUGGCCAUGUGCUACCUGAAACUGCAGGAGCCAAACCAAGCCCUAGAAAGCUGUGACAAGGCCCUGGAGUUGGAUGCCUCCAAUGAGAAGGCUUUGUUCCGAAAGGGAGAAGCACUAUUUGGUAUGAAGGAGUUUGACAGGGCAAAAGAUGACUUCCAACAAGUUGUUCAACUGUAUCCUGCCAACAAAGCUGCCAAGAGCCAGGUGGUUCUCUGUCAGAAACGUCUCAAGGAGCAGCACGAGAAAGACAAACGUAUCUAUGCCAACAUGUUCCAGAAAUUUGCAGAGAGGGAUUCAAAGAAAGAAGCCGAGAGAGUGAAGGGUGGAAGCAAGGAGAACGGAGAUGACGAGAUGGAGGUUGAGAACAGAGAAAAUGAUGCUGCGAGCGAAGCAAAGGCGUAGAUGAAGAUGUGACUAUUCAUGGUUCAUCUGUUCUUCAGACUUUUGUAACUUCAGCCAUUUGUGUUUAAGGGGUGUGUGUAUGUGUGUGAGAAAGAGAGAGAACAAGCGUGUCAACAAGAGCACUGAUGUUUGGGCGCGUCUUCUCUGGCUUUCUUUGUGUCUGGGCUUGUUGCUGUGGCUGCUAGGUGGGGCUUCCCCAGCUGAUGGCACUGUGGGACAUGGUUCUACUAAAUUAAGUGUACCACAACUCCACCCCUGAUUUCUUUGAACUCACAGCUUUGAACUGUGCAUGUGUUUGCACCGUGUUUUGGGUAGGAAAAAACAGUGCAUCCAAGUGUUAAGUACAGAAUUUACCCUCACCCGUCAAGGGCUAGACCAUUCACCUUGCACUACCCCCUCUAUCCUAUACCCCUCCUCACAUUUUAUGCUGUCCAUCCAACCCACUGCUCAUGGGCUUACUGAUCAAUUCCUGAAGUUGUGAUGGUUGUGUAGAUAUGAUGUGUCUGAAUGUUAGAGUGCUUGUGUCCCAAAGUACGUAUGUAGCAGCACUGUGGAUAGGUGGAGUAAUAAGACGUUGACCUGGAAUAGCUGUCGGACUUCAAGCUUCUCUUGCAAUCUAAAAUAUGGAGCUCCGCUAUAGCCCCCAGGGCACAGGACUGUUCAACUUUUCUUUGAAAAUACUGACUUUGUACUUUUUUUUUUUUUUUUUUUUUUUUUUCCUCCAGUGGCGUGCUUGUGAUUUCUGUAUUGUUCUCAAAAUGAUGAAUACAACCAAUUACUUAACUGGAAUGUGUGCAUUUUUAAACCAGCUAGAAGGAGAUUAAUCAGCUUCUUGUGGUCACACUUAAGUAAUAAACAGUAAAGUCUUAAUUUGCUGUUAAAAAAACAAAAAAAAAAAAAAA